ACUGCUGAGUUGCAGAACUUUCACGGACAGGUCAAAUCGCUCGCAAGUUGCUUUUCACCGGCGAGCGCCGAGCAGUGAAUCCAACGCACCCUACAGCCGCAGUCAUGUGGUUGGUCAUGAGGAAGUAAAUAGGGAAGAGGAGUUCCAAACAGGAUUAUCUGAAGUAUUGGCUACACAAACACAGUGUGAGAGUGUUGCAUACCCUCCUCUCCACACUGCAGACACUAUGGUGGACUUCCUGGCAGAGAAUAACCUGUGUGGCCAGGCCAUCCUCAGGAUAGUGUCCAGGGGAAAUGCCAUUAUUGCAGAGCUCCUGCGCCUCUCUGACUUCAUCCCGGCAGUUUUUAGGCUGAAGGACAAAAGUGAUCAACAGAAGUAUGGAGACAUAAUCUGUGACUUCAGCUACUUCAAGGGCCCUGAGUAUUAUGAUGGCAAGCUGGAAGCCAAACCGGAGCUUCAGGACUUGGAUGAAGAGUUCCGAGAGAACAACAUUGAAAUUCUGUCGAGGUUCUAUCUGGCUUUUGAGAGCGUACAUAAAUAUAUCGUGGAUCUAAACAGGUAUCUGGAUGACCUAUAUGAGGGGGUUUAUAUUCAACAGACCUUGGAGACGGUGCUUCUAAACGAGGAUGGGAAACAGCUCCUUUGUGAGGCUCUCUACCUGUAUGGAGUCAUGUUGUUGGUUAUCGACCAGAAAAUUGAAGGAGAAGUCAGAGAGAGGAUGCUUGUUUCCUACUAUAGAUACAGUGCGGCCCGCUCAUCGGGUGACUCCAACCUGGAUGACAUCUGCAAGCUCCUGCGCAGCACCGGCUACUCCAGUCAGCCCGGAGCGAAGCGGCCUGCCAACUACCCAGAGAGCUACUUCCAAAGGGUUCCCAUCAGUUCCACGUUCAUCAGCAUGGUCAUUGGGAGGCUGCGCUCCGACGACAUCUACAACCAAGUGUCAGCCUACCCUCUGCCUGAGCAUCGCAGCACAGCGCUGGCUAACCAGGCAGCCAUGCUCUACGUGUGCCUGUUCUUCAGUCCCUCCAUACUGCACACACAGCAGGCCAAGAUGAGGGAAAUAGUAGACAAGUACUUCCCUGAUAACUGGGUUAUCAGUAUCUACAUGGGAAUCGCAGUCAACCUGUUAGAGGCCUGGGAGCCGUACAAAGCUGCCAAGACAGCGCUCAACUACACCUUAGACUCUGCAAACAUCAAAGAGCAGGCCACUCGCUAUGGAGCCAGUAUGGACAGCCUGAGGCCUCAGGUGCAGCAGCUGCUGAAGGAAGGUUUCCUCAGGGAGGAAAUCAUCCUGGACAACAUUCCCAAACUGCUCAACUGUCUGAGGGACUGCAACGUGGCUAUCCGCUGGCUGAUGCUGCACUCCGCAGAGUCUGCCUAUGAUCCAAACAACAAGAGACUGCGUCAGAUCAAGGACCAGGUGCUCAACGACUCCAAGUACAACCCCAAAAUCCUGUUCCAGCUGCUGCUGGACACUGCACAGUUUGAGUUCACACUCAAGGAGAUGUUCAAGCAGAUGCUAUCAGAGAAACAGAUCAAAUGGGAGAGCUACAAGAAGGAGGGAUCUGAGCGGAUGACUGAGCUGGCGGAAGUUUUUUCUGGCGUCAAGCCUCUGACGAGGGUGGAGAAAAACGAGAACUUGCAGGCGUGGUUUAGGGAAAUCUCCAAACAGAUUGAGUCUUUGAACUACGAGGACUCGACGGCUGCUGGGAGGAAAACGGUUCAGCUCAUACAGGCUCUUGUUGAGGUCCAGGAAUUUCACCAGCUGGAGUCCAACCUGCAGGUCUGUCAAUUCUUAGCCGACACCAGGAAAUUCCUGCACCAGAUGAUCCGAACCAUCAACAUCAAGGAAGAAGUUCUCAUCACCAUGCAGAUAGUUGGAGAUCUCUCCUAUGCAUGGCAAAUAAUUGACAGCUUCACAUCCAUUAUGCAGGAGAGCAUCAGAGUCAACCCGUCCAUGGUCACAAAACUGAGAGCUACAUUUCUGAAGCUGGCAUCUGCCCUGGAUCUUCCUCUGCUGCGGAUCAACCAGGCCAACAGUGCCGACCUGCUGAGUGUCUCCCAGUUCUACUCUGGAGAGCUGGUGGCUUAUGUCAGAAAGGUGCUUCAAAUCAUCCCGGAGAGCAUGUUCACCUCUCUGGCCAAAAUAAUCAAACUUCAAAUCCACGACAUCAUGGAGGUGCCCACGCGGCUGGAUAAGGACAAGCUGAAGGAUUUCUCCCAGCUGGGGGCCCGCUAUGAGGUGGCAAAAUUCACUCAUGAUAUCUCUAUUUUUACUGAGGGCAUCUUAAUGAUGAAGACUACUCUCGUCGGGAUCAUUAAGGUGGAUCCUAAGCAGCUUUUGGAGGACGGCAUCAGGAAGGAGCUGGUGAAAAGGGUGGCUUAUGCAUUGCACAAAGGCUUAAUCUUCAACCCCAAGGCUAAGCCCAGUGAACUGAUGCCUAAGUUGAAGGAGAUGGCAGCAACGAUGGACGGCUUCUACAGAUCAUUUGAGUACAUUCAGGACUAUGUCAGCAUUUAUGGACUUAAAAUCUGGCAGGAGGAAGUGUCCCGCAUCAUCAACUACAAUGUGGAGCAGGAGUGUAAUAGUUUCCUCAGGACAAAGAUUCAGGACUGGCAGAGUGUGCAUCAGUCAACCCACAUUCCCAUUCCCAAGUUUUCCCCCGUGGAUGAGUCUGCCACUUUUAUUGGUCGUCUCUGCAGAGAGAUCCUCAGAAUCACCGAUCCAAAGGUGACGUGCUACAUCGACCAGAUGAACACCUGGUACGACCUGAAGGGUCACCAGGAGGUGACCAACAACAGGCUGUUCUCUGAGAUCCAGAACACGCUGGGCACAUUUGGUCUCAACGGACUGGACCGACUGCUCUGCUUCAUGAUUGUGAAGGAACUUCAGAACUUCCUGACCAUGGUUCAGAAGACCAUCCUGAAGGACAAAACAAUUGUGGAUGUUUUCAAAACUGUGCUGGGUGCUGUCAACCCAGUGCAAGGCAUUGUGGCUAAUGCCAGCAAAACGUAUGCAAACGCUGUGGCCAAAUCCCAGAAGAUCUGGAGUGCGUACCUGGACGCCAUAAUGAAGGUUGGUCAGAUGCAGAUUCUCAGACAGCAGAUUGCUAAUGAACUGAACUACUCCUGCAAGUUUGAUUCCAAACACCUGGCUGCUGCGCUGGAAAAUCUCAACAAAUCUCUGCUAGCAGACAUUGAAGCCCACUACCAGGACCCAUCUCUGCCCUAUCCUAAAGAGGAUAACACUCUCCUGUAUGAGAUCACCGCUUACCUAGAGGCAGCUGGCAUUCACAACCCACUCAACAAGAUCUACAUCACCACAAAACGUCUCCCUUAUUUCCCAAUCAUCAACUUCCUGUUUAUUAUUGCUCAGCUGCCUAAGCUUCAGUACAGCAAAAACCAAGGAAUGACCUGUAGGAAAGCCACGGACCCGGUGGACUGGCCUCCACUGGUGCUCGGAAUGCUCACCUUGCUCAAGCAGUUCCACUCGCGAUAUACACAACAGUUCCUCGCCCUCAUUGGUCAGUUCAUUCGCUCUAUCAUGGAGCAGUGCACAAGCCAGAAAAUCCCUGACAUGCCUUCAGAUGUGGUGGGAGCUCUGAUGUUCCUGGAAGACUAUGUGAAGUACACAAAACUCUCACGUAAAGUGGUGGAGGCUCAUGUUCCCAGCUUCAUUUUUGAUGAGUUCAGAACAAUACUGUGAAGAUGUGGUCGGGGCACCUCAGCCGACAAAUCAUUUUAUUGUUGCCAUCGGGGUCUCCAGCCAUAGUGGAGAACUUUGUCUCUGUUGAAGAAAGCACAGGUGUAACUAAAAAAACAAAAGUGUUUCCCAGAAUGUCUGACAGUUCAGGCAUGUGUGCAUACCUACCCCAUCACAUCUCAGAUGUUUGACGCAUAGAAGGCAUUUUGCAGAGUUACAGGGGUCGUAAAGCUUGCCAGAUGUCAAAAUGUCCAUUCAACUUUUUACUUUAAUUUUUACUAGAGUUUUUGCACUAAUGAUAUUGUAUUAAUCAAGAUGCCUUUAAAUACCUCUGUACACUAACAUUCUGUGCCAUCAGUGACUAAAAUGUGUCAAUAAACACGAUUCUUUGUAAAAAGAAAAAAAUAAGAAAUCCUUGUUUUUCCAUUUUCAUAAAAAUCUUUGGUCCGUGUAUUUACGCUGAAAGUCUCACCCGGAAGUUAAAAUGGAGCCGUAGUUUUUGUUUUUCCGCAGGGUGUUUGUGUGUAAGUUUUGACCUGUUGCCUUAAUAAAGGCUAAAUGCGUCUCUGAAACGAGCCGUUUGAAGGCGGUUUUGGCGUUCAUAAAGGAGGUUUGGCGGCUAGGGGCGGUUGGCGUUAGCAGGAACGGCUAACUUAAAGUUAGCUAGUGGGCUCCACUUCCUGCUCUUUCCCUCUGUGGCUGUAAGCGGCAAGAGUUACUCCUCCUAAUGUCUCUGAGCGCUGUUCACGGAACGCUUUCGAGCCUAAAAUCAUGCCAGGCCGACAUCGGGACCGGGAUGGACAUUGUGACGGAUGUGGCGAUGGACCUGGUGGAGGUGGAGGGUGAAGACGUGCAUCCAGGGGUCAAAGACAUGGAGGUGAUGAUUCUGGAGUGUGCCAAGCUGGACAGGGAGAUCAACUACUUUAUUGAUGCCGUGCAACAAGUCACAUCCGAGGUAACUGCGCAGCAGCCAGAGACCAUGUUCCACCUCUCUGACAAGGUGAGGGACAAGUUUUCCGAGCGGGUGGCCAGGCUCUCGGAUGCUGAACUACACAAUCACCAGAAAGUGGUGGCUUUUAAGGAAAGCAUCAACAACUCACUUAAACAAGCCAACGAAGAGUCAGCAGAGAACAUGGAGGAGCUUGACGAUGACAUUGCUGUCACACAGAGCCAACACAAUUUCUCGUGCCCACUCACACAGGUGGAAAUGGUGAACCCAGUGAAGAAUAAGAAGUGCAACCACCACUACGAGGAGGCAGCCAUACAGAGCCUGAUCAAAACAAAAAAGAGCCAGAAAAAGAAAUGCCGCUGUCCUGUGGUCGGCUGCGGCAACACGGAUGUGAAAGAGUCGGACCUCAUCCCCGAUCAAGUGCUGAGAAGGAAGAUCCAGAGCCAAAAAAGACAAAAAGACAAGAUGUAGCGGUCAAGUGUUUUGUGUACAGGCCCACUGUCCCGUUUCAUCACUACCACAUCUCCACUGUGUCCAUUGGCACAGCAGACACCUUUUUCCCCCGUUUUGACUUUCGCCAGCACCCUUCAUCAUUUUUUACUUUUACUGGAUGUAAAUAAAAAAAGGCAGAUUUUUGCAGGAUUUCUGAUGUUUUUGCUUAAGCGAUGCAGUUAGUUGGCCGCUCCACAAGAGAGCAGCGUUCACAUAUUGUCACAGACUAAAGGAACAUUUCUGUAAUAUCACUUCUCAGCCACAGGUGUGUGUAGGAUUACAAGGAGAUCAGUGCCCAGCAGCCCCCCCAUGGUGGCCUGGUCAGUGAGUCAUUACUUUCUAUGAAUGAGAAUUGGUUAAACCUUCGACUCCUGAUCCUCGGUCUCAAAGGAAGACACUCUAAUUUAAUAGCAGUUCUGCUAGGGGCGGAAAAGAAGUGCUGAAGCAGGAGUGUGCCGGAACCGUAAACAAAGCGUUGGGUAACUUGGAUGGGAAUGCUCUUAUUAUGAUUAAAUCUCCCCCUUCUGCACGCAGCCUGUGAGGGGUCAUUGUUCCUCCGGGAAACAAACAAAGGCGGCGUUGAGAUGAAACUGGGCAAAGCUAAUCUUUUAAUAUCCUUGCAUCA